AAUCAGAACUUUGAUGUUUGGAUAUGCAAAUACAUAAGAAUUAAGUGGUAUAUCUGUAAACGCCCCUAUUAUUUACUGAUAUCAGCACUCUCUCGCAGCUCCACCGACCGCAAAGUCGACGAUCCCGAGCUUCUGGAAGCGAUUCGCUUAACAAUAAUCAACAAUCUUCUCCAAUACCAUCCAGAAUCCAGUAGCAAGUUGGCCAUGGGAGCGGCGUUCGGCAUCGAGCCGCCGGAGGAGCAGAUCGACGUCGAUAUUGCGACGCACGUGAAUAUUUACGAUGACGGACCGAACCGAAGCUUGCUGGUCGUCGACACAGCGGACCGGCCGGGGCUGCUCAUCGACCUGGUGAAGAUCAUCACGGACAUCAAUGUAACGGUUCAGUCCGGGGAGUUUGAUACUGAGGGGCUGUUGGCAAAGGCCAAAUUUCAUGUGAGUUACAGAGGUGAAGCUGUCAGCAAGAAUCUGCAGCUGGUUCUGGCGAACAGUCUGAGGUAUUAUUUGAAGAGGCCGACCACAGAGGAAGCAAGUUUUUAAUUUUAAUCUUCUCAA